AUGCCCUAUGAGCGGCCUGCCACGCCCCCGGGACACGCACCAGCCCCUCCCCCGCCUGCUCUCCAUCCCCUGGUGCCGAAGCUACAGGGAACCAGGCAGAGGGCCUUCUCCGUAGUGGCGCCCGCCCUGUGGAAUGCCCUCCCAUCAGAUGUCAAAGAGAUAAACACUACCUGACAUUUAGAAAACAUCUGAAGGCAGGGAAGUUUUUAAUGUGUGAUAUUUUAAUGUAUUUUAAUCUCUGUUGGAAGCAGCCCAGAGUGGCUGGGGAAACCCAGCCGGAUGGGCGGAGUACAAAUAAUAAAUUAUUAUUAUUAUUAUUAUUAUUAUUAUUAUUAUUAUUAUUAUUAUUAUCUACGGUAAUCCAUCAGAUUCAAAAUGCUUUAAUUUGUGUCAGCCAAUGGAAUCUUGUUCAUGACUGCUCAGAAGGAAGUCCCACUGAAUUCAUUGGAAUUUACUCCCAGGUAAAUGUGCAUAGGAUUCCAGCCUUAGCAUCCCCACAUGCUCCUUGAACUCCCAAGGAUAUGGGCUCAGGAUGACUUCAGCCCUUUAUACACAAAAACAGGUAAAAUGGUGAUUUGCAUAAGAAUCCUAUGCAUGUUUACUUGGAAGUCAAAUCAGUGGCCUAAAUUGGCAGCCGUGAUUGUAAGUAAGCACCAGGGAUAGUUCCCUUCCCCCUCUGGACAAACUUCUCUUGAAUAAACAGGGAUGAAUAUGCAUAAUUAAAAAGUUGAAUCAUAUGAGCUAGUGGAGCUAUGCAAACUUGUUAAACUUGAGAUAUUGUUAAAUGUGUGGUAGGAAAAGAGGAUCUGUCUGUCACUAAGAAGAGUUGCCAUGCUUUUUUACUUUUCAUUUCUUCUGUAUUUUUAUUUUUUGGUUUUUGGAAAAUAAAUAAAAAUUUUAUUUUUUAAAAGAAAGGGUUGCUAUGUUGCCCAGGAGUCAUGCCGUUAUCUCAUUCCAGGCACUCUGACCCUUGGCUAGCUCAGUAAUAGCCCCAGACUCUUAAUGAAUUUCACCUUUUUACCCUAUAACUCCUUGCCCAAAUCUGGCUUUAUUUGCCAGACUUUGGGUCUGAUUGGAUGUUACAGCUUCUUUGCAGUUUCUCUGUACCUUUCCUACCUUUUGCAAAUAGAGAAGAAGAAUAUAACAAAUAGCCCUUAGGUUUCCAGUGUGCACAACUGCAGCAAAGAACUUUAAUAUAAAACAGCAAGAAGACCUGGCCAGUUUAUUAUAUGGCCAUGGCUUUGCUUCCUAUCAGGCUUCCAGCAAAGAAUCCAAUUAACCUAACAUAUCCUGCAAUCUUUGGGUAAAGGGUGUUAUAGAAAUUUAAUAUGAAUAACUAAAUAAAUAAAAAUAUACAGUGGAAAAUCUAAUUUUAUGUUAAAUAAAGGUGUCCCCCCUCUGGAGGAUGUAUUUGGACAGCUACCUAAUUCCAAUACAAACAUGUGCCUACAUAUUGGGAUCAUAUUUGUGAUGAUUGGUGAGGGUAAAGAGGAGGCUGUACCUAACCACCACCCACAAUUCUGGGUACUCUAUGCCCUACCACCCCCACACAAUAUUUUUUGGCUAGCAAUACUGUGUCUAUCCACACAAUUGCGUCCAGGAUGCUGUGUAUUAGAUAGGGAUGGAUAAUCUACCUUGCUUUACUAGUGAGGAGCAAAAAUCCAGCCCUCCUGCAGCUGUGGGGAAGAUGUAAAAAAUAUGUGUGUGAUGGAGAUAGUCUGUGCAUAUUCAUGACCCUAGAAAUGGGCAAUCCAAGGCCUGGCAGUGACCCCUCCUCCCCUCAUGGUGAGUGGUUGUUGUUGUUGUUGUUGUUGUUGUGUGAGGCUUGUGGCUUGUUGAAUUACCUGCUGCUGGGUGUAAUUCUAAAGCCAUGAAUGCUUUUUGCAUAAGGGGGCCAAUGGUUUCGUUGAGGUGAAAAUGUAAACAGGUGUUUUGUAUUCAUCUGGUAGUGACCGGGACAGGAGUUGAGAGAGGUCAUCAUGAACAGAUCCAGUAUUAUAAAUGAAGGAGGGUGAGAGGGUCAAUGCAGAGAGUGCAGCUUCCCCACUCUUCCCUUUUUUUUACUUUCUAUUUUUCCAUUGAGUGUGUUUGAUUCUCUUAUCUUUAGCCCAUGGCUGAAUGCCUUGAACUCCACUGAGGUGAAUUAGCGUUUUACAUGUAGACAAAUCUUCUGAUAAGCAUUCAGUUGUGACAGGAAAGGCGGCAGAACACUAUCCCAAGUUCAAGUUGAUUUUGAAUAUGUUUUAUCUUCCUGAGAUGGGGAGCCUCAAGCUUGGGGGUCAAAUGUGGCCCUUCAGACAUCUCUGUCUGGCCCUCAGAAUUCUCCUUAGGCCACAUUCCUCCCUGGCCUUGCUUUGUGCCACAGAAGAUUUUUCCCUGACUGGAAUGGGCCCUUGAAUUCUGAUAAUGCCUCUUGCUUGGCUGAGUGGAAGACAAAGGGAGGUGCAAGCAUACCCUCUUUGACCAGGCCUUUGAUUGAUUGACAUUCAAUGCCCUUUUAAAGUGCGUUGUGAAAGAGGGGGUGAUUGGGUUGUCUUUCUUUUUAUUAUGUAUUUAGUGUGUUUUUUAAUUGUGAUUUUAUGUUGUGAACCACCCUGAGAUUUACAGGCAUAUGGCGGUAUACAAAUUUAAUUAAUAAUAAUAAUACUGUACCGAGGUACAUUUUUUGCUCUGUCUACUUUGGCCUGUGUCCCCACCCACCACUGAUAUGUGGCACUUGGAUGGCUGCCCAUAAGGGAAGAUGGCCCUUGGGUGUGUGGCAUGGAGAGAGUUCUAUGGGCCACAUAGACAGGCCUGGAGGGCCACAUUCCCCCCUCCCCCAGCUUGAGGUUCCCCACUCCUGUUUUAUAAGGAUAGGUGCUUGCUUAUAAACGGUGCUAAGGGCUAUAAAAUGUCCAAUAAGAAACAAUGCAUUCCAUUGGGGAGGACCUGAGGUAAAGGUAAAAGGCAAAGGACAUCUGGAUGGUUAAGUCCAGUCAAAGGCGACUAUGGGGUUGUGGUACUCAUCUCACUUUCAGGCCGAGGGAGCUGGUGUUUGUCCACAGACAGCUUUCUAGUUCAUGUGGCCAGCAUGACUAAACCGCUUCUGGCACAACGGAACACCGUGAUGGAAGCCGCUGAGCGCACAGAAACUCCGUUUACCUUCCUGCCACAGCGGUAGCUAUUUAUCUACUCACACUGGCAUGCUUUGGAACUGCUAGGUUGGCAGGAGCUGGGACAGAGCAAUGGGAGCUCAUCCUAUUGCAGGGAUUUGAACUGCCAACCUUCCGAUCAGCAAGCCCAAGAUGCUCAGUGGUUUAGACCACAGCGCCACCCUCUCCCAAGAGGAGGACCUGACCAUUCAGGUGGAGGUGUGCAGCUUGUUCUGGAUGGGGUUGCAGUCCCCUUGAAUCCGCAAUUCUGCCGCAUGGGAAUGCUAUAAAUUUGUGAAUUAUUGUUCAAACCGCGCUUUUAAUUCAGUUGUGGACAACACACCCUACUACAUGUUGUAUGGCAAAGUUCCGAAGGUGCACUAUUUCAGAACUUUUGGGUGUGAGGCUUGGGUUCUAAUUCCAAAGCAGAAGCGCAGAAAGGGAGGAUCAAGAUCCAGAAAAAUGAUCUUCUGUGGUUACGAACCAAACUCAAAGGCUUGGAGGUUUGUACCAGCAGAGGGGGACCAAACCCGGGUUCACAUUAGCAGGAGUGCUACGUUCUGUGAACAAGAGGGCUGGAGACGCAUUCAUGCUAACCCCGAAGUUCUUCUUGACUGGUCUUCGGGUUUUGACCAGGAAGAGGAAACUCAGGUGGCUGAUGCUGGAGUUCCAGGUGCUGCAGGACCAGAUCCAGGUCAGGCAGCUGGUCCAAGUGGUGUAGCUCCUAGGGAAGUGAAGCAAGUAGUCAGAAGCGCACCGACUUCACCCCAGGUCGAGCCUGGGAAGUACAGCAAACGUGGUAGGUCACCCACUUCACCCAAAGCAAGCCCAGAGGGGGCUGCAAAGCGUAGUAGGUCUCUUGACAGUGCUGCUAGUCCGAGAGAGCCACAGUCAGAGACAAGCAGUUCGGAUUUAGAGGGGGAAGAUGUGGGACCAAGGCGUUCAAAACGCACCACGAAAGGUAAACCACCUGAAAGGUUUUCAGCUGUCAGUGUAUGGGCGAACCUAGCAGUGUGUGAGCCUGAAAGCUUUGAAGAGGUGCAACAGUUGUCAGUGGAGGAAGCUAGUAAGUGGAAAGUUGCAAUGGAGAAAGAGUUGAAAUCCAUGCAAUCUCUUGGUGUGUAUAGCCUAACACAGUUGCCAGAAGGUAAGAAAGCAGUCAGUUGUAGGUGGGUCUACAGGCUGAAACCCACAGUGACUGGAGAGCCUCAGUACAAGGCUAGAUUAGUGGCUAGAGGUUUUACUCAGAAGAAAGGAAUCCACUACACAGAUGUCUUUAGUCCGACUUCGAGAUCGGAAUCUUUCAGGAUGCUUUUAGCGACUGCAGCGCAGAGAGGCCUAGUGGUCAACCACUUUGAUGUGGACACCGCUUAUUUGAACUCUGACCUCCAGGAGGAGUUGUACAUGUUACCUCCUCCAGGGUUUGAGAGUGACGUGCCAGGUCAGGUGUGGAAGCUGCACAAGUCGAUCUACGGUCUGAAGCAAUCCGCUAAAAAUUGGAAUUCAUGUCUUGAUUCUGUUUUGAAGAGCCUAGGUUUCAGGAAGAGUCUAGCUGACAGUUGUCUGUAUCUCAGAGGUGAAGGAGAACAGCAAGAACUGUUGCUUGUCUAUGUAGAUGACUUGAUCUGCUUAGCAAAGAGCCAGAUGCAAGUGCAGAAGUUUGCAAAAGAGCUAGGCAAGAGGUUCAAAAUCAAGAAUCUAGGUGCAGUGAAUGUUUAUCUAGGUGUGCAGAUAGACAGAACUGAGGAUGGAAGUUUUUUGCUCAGUCAGAAAGGCAAGAUUGAACAUUUGCUUGAGAAGUUCAGAAUGUCUGAUUGUAAAGGGGUCAGAACACCCAUGGAGACAAACUUUGUGAAAGAGUCACAAGUGAAGGACAAAGUAGCGUUUGAGAGUCCUGAAGUGUUUCAGUCAGCGCUAGGGAGUCUGUUGUAUUUGUCACAAUGGAGCAGACCAGAUAUUGCUUUUGCAGUCAAUUUGCUCAGUAGAGAAGCAUCGAAACCUAGCGUGCAUGCUUGGAAUGGCAUUAAGAGAGUGCUUAGGUAUUUGCAGGAGACCAAAGAAUAUUGUUUGGAGAUGUCAGCGCAAGGUGAGCCACAACUCACUUGUUUUGCAGAUGCUGAUUGGGCCAAUCAGGAGGACAGGAAGUCAGUGACUGGUUUGUUAGUCAAGUUUGGAAAUGCCCUGAUUGGUUGGCGGUCGCGCAGGCAAAGCCUAAUAGCAAUGUCUUCCACGGAAGCCGAAUUCUGUGCGUUGUCUGCGACAUGCACUGAAUUGGAGUACUACAGAUGUUUGGUCCAGGAAAUCUGGGGUGAUUGUAGCCAGCCCAUCACUGUUUGGGGCGACAAUCAACCAUCUUUGAGACUGGCGGAGUCUGGACAGUUCAAAGCCAGAACCAAACACUUAGACAUCCGCUUCCGAAACGUAUGUCAGAGCAUACAGGUAGGCUUGGUGAAGUUGAGGUAUUGUCCAAGUCAAGAGAACCUAGCAGAUGGGUUCACAAAACCCUUGAGUUUCCAACGGCAUGGGGAAUUCUGUGAAGGGUUGGUUUUGGGGUAAGUUUGGAUACCCGCUAUCCCCAGUGUUCAGGUGAGAGGGGGUGUGAUGAGUAACAAGUAACUAAAGAGUUAACUGUGUACUGUAGCACCUGACCACUGAGGAAGAUCAUGUUACAGAAUGUACCAGAAGUGUUUCUGUAUGUAGCAGUUGGUUUCGUUUCUGCCUGGGAGACGGUCGCAAGAUGUCUGCGCUCUCACCAGGUUGUUUGUUAUUUUCUCUCUAGAAUAAACUUAAGUAGUUAUUAGAACACUUUGGACUCUGUGUGUUCUUAAGAGGCUUUUUAUCCAACGGCUAUACAAGCUUUCGCUGUGUGAGAAGAAGAACUCUGCUGUGUGUGUGCUUUAAUGCCAGCCCGGUUCUACGGAAGCAGAGAAGCGGAGAGGAAGCGCGCCGGGCGAUAAUCAGAGGCUCCUAAUUGAGUCAUAAACAACUCAACGGAGCCCUAUACCCGUCACAGAUGCUUCAGGAUCCACCACUCCCAGCUGUCCAGGAGUGGGUAGACAGUGGUGACUUGGACUAAUUUCACCUAUUAUGCCAACUGCACCCAUUCUUGGAUAAGUCACAUCUGGCUCCUGUGAGUCAUGUUGGGCUAGUGUGCACUUUAUGCAGGGCUGACCUUGAAGACAGUCAGGUAGCUUUGGUUCCCCCAGAAUGUAGCUGCUAGGGUGUUACAGUAUCUGGAGCCAAGAGAAUGGACCUUUUUCACCCAUCAUCUACCACCUGCAUUGAGUUCCAAGUGGGCAGGGACUGAGAUACGUCAAGAACUGUCCCAUUUCAUCAACCAUAAGUCUACCCAAUAACUCUCCAAGAGAGGCCCUUAUUGCUGCAUAUACGGUGGGUGCUCAUGAAGGAUGGAGUCUUUUUUUAUUGUAGAAGCCAAGUUCAGGAAGAGCCUCCAAACAGGGACACACUUGUCCCUGCCACUCUUGUUAUUCCAGAAAGCUUUUCAGUAAAAGUGGCCUUUUGAGACUGGUUUCUAUCCACCUCUUCCCAUCACUUCAUUUAUGCUGCAUGAGCUAUGCUGUUUUAUAUUGCUUUUAUUAUACUGUAUGCUGAUUUGGGUAUAUGAUACAUAGAAAAGCGGGGCAUAAAUGAUAGCAAUGAUAAUAGUUUUACUUGGAGCAGAGGCCCUGAAAUUAAUGAACACAAUUAAGUUAAGUCUAUUGAUUUCAACAGGUCUGCUUUGAGUUUUAAAUUCUACCCAAACCUUUUCAUGUAAAUUUCUCAUUCUCCUAUUGAUUGAAGUGGGAGGUUUUGUGAUACAGUGCCAUGGGGAACAAUAGCUUGGAUUAUGUAUUUUGGUUGCUAGAGAAGAGGAAACGGAGGUUGUAGGAGCACCAAUGAGAAAAGCUCUGACAGUGAAAAGGUUUAGGAUGAUCAGUUUCUGUUGCAGCUCUUGGCCUGCUGUUUCCAUUUAUACAGCAGGAGCAGAUCACCUCCUGAAAAUUAUAUCAGUUAGAUUUGCAGAGGAUUUGAUUUGCAUAAGUAGUGCACCUCAUUUGCAUAACUCACAAAUUAUGCCAUGCAGAUGUGUGGGCUUUUCAUGCCUGUCUUUAAGGAGGACCCAAACCAGCCAUUCAAGAGACAUCUGGAUUUUUCUUCACCACCCACCAAAGCUCAGAAUGCCAGGAAUGUACCGCCUGGCAUUGGAGAUACCAUCUGAAGCAACAUGGAGGGGUGACAAACUAGUGGAGCAGGGGAGAGUUGAGGCUGGCUCGGUGCUGCCUCUUGGGACACAUGCCCAGCCACACCUCCCACCUCCCAAAUGCAGGGCGGCCAUCAAAAGAUGCAUUGUGCAUUGAGAGGCUGUUUCCCCAAUGACUAACAAGAGUACUUUUGAUGUGGUGGAUUGCAUUGGUCUUGUUCCGGGUCUGCUAGGAAGGAUAAACUGCUGGCCUUGGGGCUGCAUGGGCUGGUGGACACAUGGGCUGCUGCUUUGGUGCCCCUUUCCAGAGGACAUUUUCACUGUGGUCCACAGGUGAGUUGCUCACAGCCUCUUUCUGUAUUUGCCCUUUAGCCUUCUGUGGUAUAACUCUGCAGGAGCCAUCAAUCAGCACAGCAGAAUAAGAUCGAACAGGGUCUGUCAACCUAGCAGCCUGCUGCAUUGCUCUCAGCACUAUCACCAGUGGUUGCAGGGCUAGAAGAAGCACCCUAUAAACAGGAUGGUGUAUCUAGGCUGCAAGCCUAAUCCAAAUUACCUGGGAGUAAACCCUCAGUGAAGAGGCAUCCUCUUGUUCAUCUGAUCAACCUGUGUGCCUGGCCAGUUGGUCCAAUCUGCAACAGUACACAGCUGAACCCCCAGAAAGAUGGUUCAAAGAGGGGAAGAUGGCAUCAGGUAACCCCAGGGAACUGGAUCCAGGAAGUCAGUCUGCACAAAUAGGAGAGGGCACUCUGGAAACUGAGUCCGUGUCACUGGCUGUAGGGGAAGGGUUCCCAAAUGAGAUUGCCCUCUCAUUUUAUGUCAAGAGUCGCUCGAGACAGGGCCUCAAUCCCCAGCUGCAGGAGAUAGCAAGAAAGAAGCUGUGGGCCGUAGAAAAUGACGACAAAGAUGUUUGUGCUCUUUUCAAGGAGCUGUCAGCCCGGCUGGUUUGUAUCCAGGCACAGGACAAUCGCUUUCUACUCUCCUUCAGGACCAUAGAAGAAAUCUGGAAGUUUUCAACAUACUUAGCACUUGGCUAUGUGGGCUGCUGUUUGGAACAUCUUCUCUUCACCCCUGAGUACUGGCUGAACUGUGCCCUGGUGGAGGAUACCGAGAUAACUGUUGCUUUAGACGAGGAUCACAUGGCCACCAUGUACUUGGGUCUUCUGCUUCAGGAAGGAAACUUCUUUGCCAGGGUCGUGGUUGGUGUCCUGACAGAUGAAGAAGGGGAGGAUUUGAAGCUCUCCAAAAAUGAGCUUGUCCAUGUGAAAGACAUUGCGCAUGACACCAAAUGGGAAGGGACAUCUCUGUUGAACGAUCAGAGGGGCCUGGUCCCUGUCACAGCCAUGGAACCAUUGCCCCAUCCUUUUUACCAGUGGUUCCUGAAGAACUAUCCAGUGAGCUGUGGCAUCUCCAAACAAAUCAGCGGACCUGGCUCUUUGCAGAUUGGCCAAGGGAGGUGCACAACUACAGAAGAUCACAGAGGGAGAGGAUGGGACGAGCUGAGCUUCUGCAAAGGGGACAUCAUAGAGGUCACUGGCUUUCUCAUUCCAGGCCUCCAGUGGUUUAUAGGGAAAUCCACAACCAGCGGUGCAGUAGGCUUUGUCCAAACCAAAUGUGUGCAUCCUGAGACUUGUGAGCCAAUGCAAAAGAAUCCAGUAUUUUUUAGUGAAGAAGAAGUCGCUUCCAUUCUGCAGGUUCCAUCCAAUGGCAAUGAGACACAUUACAGUAAUCUUCUGGGUGAAUGGGCACAAACAGACAUCACUUCUGUGUACAGGCUUGAUGGCUUUGAACCUGUGGCAAUGUACCCAAGAAUGUCAUCAGAUGCAGUUGUUCAGGGACUUAAGGAUGGCUGGAUGUUUGAGAGCUGGGGGAAGCAGGCUAGCAAUAGCUUGCCCACUCCUAGUGGUUCUGAAAAGUCCAGUCCUGUUGGUGACUCCUCACCUUCUACCCUGGAGCACUUACUUCUGCCAGAACCAGAUGACCUUGAUGACCCCAAGUUCUUUAUUGACCUGAACGCUGGGCAUAUGGAGGACUCCGAUGUUUUUGACCCUCUAUUGACUUUUCUCAACCAAGAUGGCUAUGUGCCCCAUUUCCAAAGUCUCUAUGACCUCUCUUUUUCCUUCCUCAGUUCCACCUUCUAUGGCUUCUCCAGUGAGGAAGAGCUAGUCCUAUACCUAGAGACAUCCAGGAACUGGGCCAAGAGAGGUCAUCUUGCUUGGGCUCACAUCCGGAUAUGCUUUCUCUUGGGCCGCCUCUGCACCAAGAAGGCCAAGUUCUCUCAGGCUCGAGUCUAUUUUGAGGAAGCCAUGAGCGCUGUAGAGAGAGGUUUUGACGACCUGCCCCUGCUUGCCUCGCUGCACACGAACCUUGCUGCCAUUUACCUGAAGCAGAAGAUGAAGCAGAAGUUCUUGUCUGUGCUUGGGAAAGGUGUGGCCCUUCUGGCUUGCCUGCCUGGUCACUGCUUCUGUUCUGAGAAUGAGCUUGAGGUCAUGAUGUACAUUCUGAGAGAAGCCAUCGCCAUGGGAAACUUUGCUUUGGAAGCUCGGGCCUGCCUUCUUGUGGUCAGGCUCUUCUUGCAGCUGGGCAAGUAUGACGAGGUCCUGCCUUUCUCUGAACGCUUGCAGUUCCUGUGCUCCAGUGUCUCUAGCCAGGACUCCAGUGCACCCUCUUUGGACCUGAUGCCUCUCCUGACCUACCUCUAUGACAAGAAGUGCUUGCCGCAUGUUGCCUUGGCAUCUGCCAGGCUUUCCCCUCCCAGCCCUGUGAAAGGGGCACCAACACCCAUUUGGAGAGCUGGAUUCAUCCUUUCAAAUGCUUCCAAGCUCCAGGUGAUCCAAGACAGGAGAAGCAGAAGCAGCAUCCCCGCUUUGGCUUGCCUCUACCUGAGCUGUGCCCUGACCUUCUGCCAUGAAAACGGAGCUGUGCCCACGGAGAGAGCCCUUUGUGCAGUGUUAUCCAAAAUGUACCUCAAGCAUGGCAUGUUACAAGGAGCUGUUCAUUAUUUGAACAGGGCCAUUGCCCUUGGCAAAGUGAUGGGCGAGGAGGAAGCUUUUGAGUCCUCCCUUUCUUUGGGGUGGGUGUACGCUUUGAGCAGCCAGCCAGAAAAAGCAUCGGAGAUCAUGUUGCGUCUCCUGCGUUCUUUGCGACAGACAGACAGCAUCACGCAGGACGGGGUUGUCCACAACCUUCUGGCUAUCGCCCUUAAAGGAGAAGGGCAGGUGCAGAAGUCAGCAGAGAACUACUUGAGGGCCUUGAACAAAGCCCAGGAGACUGGCAACAAGCGGAACCAAGCCAUUGCCUUAUCCAACUUUGGAUGCCUGGCUGUCUCUUGCCAGGCAAGCCACCUAGCGGAAUGCUAUUUUCUCCAGGCUGUUAGGUUGUAUUUUGAACUGCAGGGUGGAGAUGAUGCACAGGUGGAGCUGGUACAGAUUCUGCUGUGGCUGGCCCAGUGCCAGGUGGAGAUGCAUAAGACAGAUGAGAGCAAACUGGUUUAUGAACUCGCCUUGGCCGUUGCCUUGAAUACAUGCAACAUUAUGAGUCAACUUCAGGUCACUGAGUCCAUCUGCCAUUUCUAUCGCAAAGUGCAGCCAAACACUGGGGCCUGCAUUAUCUACCAUGAGCACCAACUCUUCCUAGCUCAGCAUCUCCAGGACAAAGAAAUGGAAGGGCAGCUUCUGCAGGUCCUCAGCCAGCUCUACCAGAGUCUGCAGACAAGCAGAUAUGUGAAACGGGCCCUGGAUUAUACCAAACAGUCUCUGAGAAUCUUCAUUGACCUGGAGGAAAUGGUCAAAACAGCCCAGGCCUGGCUGCAGGCUGGAAGGCUUUACUAUCAAAUGCAAGAGGAUGAACUUGUGGAAAUGUAUUUGCAGGCAGCCAUACAGACGUCACUGAAAUCUGAAGAGCUGCAUUUGGCCAUGGAGCUAUAUGAAGAGGCUGGUGAUGUCUUUUUCAAUGGGAUCCGGAACAGACAAAAGGCAGUGGACUAUUACAGGGGAGGAGCUGUCCCUUUGGCUAGGAAGCUGAAGGUGCUGCAGACUGAGUUGAGAGUGUUCAACAAGCUGACGGAGCUGCAGCUCGGACUCCAGAAUUAUGAGAAGGCUUUGGAAUUUGCUACCUUGGCAACCAGGCUCAGUGUGGAUGUAGGAGAUCAGUUGCAAGAACUGGUUGCCUUUCACCGCCUGGCGACAGUGUACUAUUUUCUGCAAAUGUAUGAAAUGGCUGAGGACUGCUACCUGAGGACACUCUCUCUGCGCUCACCAUUGUUGCAAGGUGCUCAGGAAGCUAUGUAUUAUUCCAAGGUUUACUGUCGCCUGGGAGAUUUGACCCUGCACAAACUAAAGGAUGAACAAGAUGCAGCUAACUACUUCCUCUUGGCCUUGGCUGCUGCCACUGAGCUUGAUGACCAGGCUUGGGAAUGCAAGAUUCAGUCUAAGCUGGCACAAAUAUAUCAUGCUUCCCAGUCCGAUAAGAGCCCAAGGGGGUGGACCACGUAUCGGGCCCGGUGGCUGAGCGAAGGAAGACGUGAUGUAUGACAAAUCACCUUGUGGGACUCAAGAGCUCUCAGACCUCUGAACCAGAAGAAACAAAGCUCGUUUUUCUCACCUCACUGCCAGCGAGCUCUCAAGUGCCUCCUUGACUUUGAAGUGAAGGGGAGAAACACGUUCCGGUGCUUCACUCUCCCUGUGUUUUGAAAUUACUGAUGAGAAAACCUUCAUCUGUCGGGGGAUGGAUGCGCUUGCUCAUAGACCGACCCAAAGUGGAUAAAAGCCAGGUCCCUUGUGUUUUUAAUAGCCUAAUAUUUAUCAGCAACACAUACAAAGAGAAGACUUCCAUCUAGACCUCAUUUAAUCAGAUACACACUGAGAAAGUGUUGCUUAAAGUGCAAAUUGAAAGCACAAGGUAGGAUAUAAUCAAGAAUUAGCUUGUGGGAACAUAAGUUGGCCAGGCUUUGAAGUAGCUGGAGAUGAUCUCUGAAAAGAUACAGCAUGAGGGUGUUCAACCUGUACCCAUUCAACUUCAGUGCCAAAAUGCAAGCACACUUUCACAUUCCCUGCAAACCUUGAAUGAGCCCUGAAAGACAGAAAGUUCACUUACAGGAACUUUUUUGGGGGGGGGGGUUGUUUGUUUUUUAAGGAUUGUGUGGUGUUUUAAGUUGUUGGCAAUCUGUACUUAUGUUUAUUUCUGUUUUUCAGCUUUAUCUUUAUCUUCAAACAGUUUCUCUGUGCCGGUAUAAACUACACCGGAACCACAAAGAUAUUCAUAGCAAAAGACAUAAUGGCAGAUAAGCACCUUUAAAGAGAGCAUGUGCAUGUGAUGGGUAAUGGAGAAGACGAUCAAAAGAGGGUUCAGGACACAAGUAACAAGCUGCCUUUGCAACUGAAUUGAUAGAGGAAUAUACUGGCACACUGAACCACGUGAUGCCCCUAGCUUGCCAUUCCAUAGGAACCUGGGACGUGACCCAUUACUGAGUCAGACUACUGGUCUAUCUAGCUCAGUUUUAUUGAUACUGUCUGCAGCUCUCCAGGGUUCCCAGGCCAGAUUGUUUCCCAGCUGCCCCUGGAGAUACCAGGUGUUGAACCUGGAACCUUCUGCAUGCAAAGCAUGUUCUUUGCCACCCUGACCUACACCCCCUCUCUUCUUCCCGGUUCAUUUCUUCCUACUCCAGCACAAAGUCUGUGAUGGAGGCACUAAGCUGCAGAUUGUUUUGCUAAUUUUUCCAAGCCAGAACACAAGGAAGGAGGUGGAGGUGGCACUGCAAGAGAGAAGCGGGUAGCGAGAGGAGCAAGAUGGGUGGAGCAUUCAUUUCAUUGAUUUGCUUGUCUUCUCAGUUCUUUUUUGAAGCUGGACUCGGAGUGCCAUGAAUUCUUUCUGAAUAUUAAGUGUGCCUCCUGGUGAAAGUUCUCAGUAGAUCCUGAAUUCUACAAAUCAUCUCAGGCCCGGGCUUGAAUCUGGCUUUUUCUAUCUGAAGCCUCAGCACUCUCCACAUAUUACCACCACUACCUCUCUUUCCCAGGCCCACUCAAGUCCUCUUGCCUGAUUGGAAUCCUUUGAACUGCAACAUUGUCUCUUGCUUGCCAAGAUGGAGAGGUGAAGUUGGGUGUGUGAGGAAACCCCUGACUUCCGUACAGUCCAGACCUACAAAAGCCACAUCCAUUUCCCUGAAUCCUUUGGGGACUUGCUCCACCUGCCACUGGCAAGUGGCCCCAGAAGGUUGCCCAUGAGGGAAUAUGGCCCUUAAUAUAAAAAAGGGACAGAGCCUGAGGAAGGUUAGUCUUAGAGAGGGACGAGGGCAGGUGCACUGAGCAGCAACUCUUCUCCUCCUCCAACAACAGGGGGAUAUAUUGCUCUGCCUUCUGAGUGAAAUAGGGGCUCUGGCUACAGGAUUUAAUGAAACCAAAUCAUGGCAGCCUUUGCCCUCAGAGUCAGGCCCUCAGUUCUUUCCUGGGAGAACAUAAGAAGAGCCUGUUGGAUCAGGCCAAUGGCCCAUCUAGUCCAGCAUCCUGUUCUCACAGUGGCCAGCCAGAUGCCUGUGAAAAGCCAGAAAGCAGGACCUAACACAAGAGCACACUCUCCUCCUGUGGUUUCCAGCAACUGGUAUUCAGAAGCAUUCAGAGAUUCUUUCUUGGCAACAGGGAAAGUGUGUCCUUUUUGUGCAUGUAGUUCCCAAGUCUCUACUGGACCUGGAUCUGAGAGUAGCUGAAUCCUGUGUAUCCAGAGAUAUGGAGUAGCAUGAAUUCCACAGGGAGGGAACGUUUCAAUAGCUACACCCAGUAGGCCUCUGCUUCUUUACUGCUGCAAUGCUUGCUCUGUUGCCUCCUGGCACUUUUCCCCGCUGGGUGCUCCCAUCCCCUUCCAUUGAGGCUGAGAUGAUAUACCCCAUGUAGGAAUGGCAUGUUUAUUUUUGGCAGGGCAUGGAGCAUUACCCUGCGCCAGCUUCAAGUGUUUGCAAGCUGUUCUUCACAGUCACCUGAGCUCAAAUGAGCUUUUAAGUCUACUUGGAGAUGCCACAUGUUUACAGCAAUCCUGCAGCCACAUCACAAAUGCAUGAAGUUCUGUGCAUUCCAUGCUCUAAAUCAGAAGUCCCAGGGCCUCUGUGCCUACAAAUGUCUGAUGCCCUGUUGUUUAAUGCAGGGCAGCUAGUCUUAACAUCAUGUUACAAUUCUUUUCCUGUAUAAAGCCACUUCAGAGAAGGUGGGGAAGAGAAUCGUCUUUUCCAUGGGAUGUUCUGUUUGCACAGUGUGUCUCUGAACUCUUUAUCAUGUUAUGAAAAGCACAGAUGAAAGUGAAGAGGUUUUUCCUCUGAUAAUAAUAGAAGCUGGGAUCAUUUCCAUGGAACUGAAUAUUGGGAGGUUCAGAACAGACGAAAGGAAGUACUUCCUCACAUGUUGCAGCGUUAUGGAAUUCAUUGCUAUGAGAUGCACCGGCCACCAAUGCAGUUGGUUUUAAAAGGGAGGGGGUUAGGCAAAUUUGGGGAUGGCAAGGCUCAGUGACUACUAGCCAUGUGGCUGUGUUCUCCGUCCUCUCAAUACCAGCUGCUGGGGCGUGCAAGUAGUGAAAGUGCUAUUGAACUCAGGUCCUACUUGCAGGCUUCCUACAAGCAUCUUUUUGGCUACUGUGAGAUGCUGCACCAGAUGGCCCUUGGGUCGGAUGCAGCCACACUCUUCUUAAGUUCUUACAACGUAAAAAAUGUAGCUUCCCACCCCCUGGACCCAUUUCAAAGGAUCUUGCACUUCUGCUCCACCAGGAGAUGCUGAGGGAGCCCCCACAUUUGGAGCAGGCAAGCCUCCCUGUGGGGUAGAUGCUACUCUCACAAGCCCCAGCUCCAUGUAAAAAACAAUAUUGAAUGAAUGCAACAUUGUGUGUGAUUGUUAAUCUCUGCUGGUAAAUUCCUGAGUUGCUACCAUGCCUGCCUGCUUUCUGCCUGAACGUUUGAGUCUCUGCUAAGAAGCAUGAGGGAUCUGAGGCCUCCCUGUUGGCUAUAGCAGUAACUCUGAACUGUGCCAGUCACAGCAAAGGGCUGAUGUAGCCAUCCAGGACAUGCCUCAGAACAAAUGUCACAGUGUCUAAAUAUGAGGGGCAAUACCUAAAGUUACAGAGCAACGUGCUGUGCAUGUAGAAAGCUCCAAGUUCUGUCCCUUGACAUCUUCCAUUAAGCAGAUGUUGGGUCCUAAGACCUUGGAAAGCUACUGUCUGUUGUCAUACUGGAUUAGAUGGAGUAAUGGGUUGGUUGCCUUGUUUUAAGGCAGCUUCAUAUGUUCAUACAUGUUUCUGGGUGUUGUAGCGCUGGGCGUUUGCCAGCUUACAAUGUACAGUUUUGCUUUUUCUUUGUGCUAUAUCUCAUCUCACCGCUAGAGAGCAAUAAGCAAUAAAAAAUUACUUCCUGGUAA